AUGGGCGUCUCUCAGGAUGAACAGACCGUCACACUCACUCACGAGUCGGGUGCCUCCGCUGAGAUCUAUCUCUUUGGAGCUACCUUGACCUCCUGGAAGCAGGGUGGCAAGGAGCGCAUGUUUGUCAGCUCCAAGUCCAAGCUCGACGGGACUCGAGCAAUUAGAGGUGGUAUCCCUGUGGUCUUUCCCACUUUUGGCCCGCCCCCCUCCUCUCCUCCCGAGUACGCCGCCCUCCCCCAGCACGGAUUUGCCCGCACCUCCCAGUGGGUCCUUGAAGAGACCAUCAUGGAUCGCCCCGAAGGCGUGUCUGUCCGAUUUGUCCACCCUGGACCACCUGCGACCUUCCCGCACGAAUUCAAGCUGAGCUACGUCGUCACCCUCACCGCGCACCAGCUUUCCACCGACGUCCAUGUCGUCAACUCUGGCAAGGAGGACUUCAAGUUCCAGACCUUGCUACACAACUACUUGGCUGUCCCUGACUCUAGCAAGAUCAAGAUUACGGGCAUCGACAAGGGAACGACCUACAAGGACAAGGUGCUCGGCAUGAAGGAGUACGAGUCUGACGGGAGCGUGCUCGUCAUUGACAAGGAGAUUGACCGGCAAAAGGUCCCUUCUCAGGAGAUUGUUGUUGACGACGGUGCUGGAUCUGGAUACAAGGUCCACUUCCAUGGUCUUGAAGACUGCACGAUCUGGAACCCGCAAGAAGCUACUGGUAGCCAGAUGACCGAUAUGGAAGCCGGCGGAUGGGACCGAUACAUAUGUAUCGAGCCGGGAUACGUUCGGGAAUUCAAGAUUCUUGCUCCAGGGGAAGAGUUUACCGGCGCGCAGACUAUCACUGCCCUCUAG